UACAAAUGGAGAAAACAUCUCCAUUUCCGAUCAAAUCAAUUUAUCUUCUUCUUAAAAUCAGAAUCGGAAGCAAUAAUUUUUAUAGGCAUCGCCGGCUAUCAAUCUGAUCUUUAAUUCCAUUAGCUCGUUCUUCCUCGACGUUAACAUCGAUCUGGCGGAAUCCUAAUCCUUCCUGCGUUGCAGCAUUGCAGUGCUAGUGCCGGGACACCGAUUUCUUGAAAUAGACGAACCAGGAGCUGAGGAGACUCUGCAAGAUAGGCACGUUCAAGGCGUCGACACCCCUGCAGCACGGUGGAUCUUGAUUCCGAUUAACCUCUGCUUGAGCUCCUUUAGAUUCUUCCUCCAACAUCAACCAUUAAUGGAUCAAAAUGCAUGCGAUUAUGUACUGGGGCACUUUAACAGUCAAUACUAUCAGAUGAUUCUCUUGGAAUGGCAGCAAAUGAGCUGAGGACUUAACAAGAAUCAUUUAUGAAAAUUUGAUUCGAGCUCUGCAACAAGUGGGAAUUUGGCCUGAGAAAUUGUCCAACUUGAGUGGAACUAUGGAAGAAUAUCUGCCAGAACAAUCCUCUCAUCCGAAAUAAGAAACUGUCCUGUCAGCCAGUGUUCCAAAAGACCUUUCAACACAGAGAGCACAUGCAGUUGACCUGAUGGGACUUAAAACAACGAAAUAUAGUGUUAUUUAUCUUAAGAGUUCUAGUUCCUGUUUUGCUGUCCGAAAUUUUUUGGAUAAGAGUUCAGCAUCUAAUAUUAAGAAGUCCGUCCUUAUCUAAUGAUUUUAAUUGUGACUGCAAAUACUUUUUUGUUAUUUUAAUUAAUGUUCUGUCAUCAUUUAUUAUUAUUGCUUUUUAAAUGGCACUCCAAAGUCAAUUUCACCAUAGCAUCCAACCGCAAGCAAGUUGGACAUUAAUAUGAACAGCCUUUCUGCUUUGUGUGGCAGUGCAAAGGAAGGAAGGAAGAGAAAGUCAUAUGAUGAUAAUGGAUGAGGGAUCCAUGCCGUGGAAAAGCAAUUUCCAAAGUCAAAAAUGUUAAUCUACUGUGAUGUUGCGAAUGGGGAGAGAGUUUGAUGCAGGAGCAUCCUAUUCCUGAAGAAUGAGGUCAAGGUUUGAUCUACAGAAAUUGGUUUCCUUUUGCUACUUGUUUGAAAAUGGUGGUGGACAUCCAGAGCAAGCUUCGCCUAGCUCUUGGCUCGGUAAAGGAUCACGCUGCCAUCGGCAAGGCCAUGAUAUACAAUCAUGAUGGGAAAGGCUUUUCCGACAUAGAGAUUGCUGUUUUACGUGCAACCGGCCAUGAUAAUGGCACUAUAGAGGACAAGUACAUGCACGAGAUCCUCUUCCUGGUGUCAAACUCCCCAGGAUCCACCCCUUUUCUUGCUGAAAUGAUAUCCCGUCGUCUUUGCAAGACCAGAGACCAUGUCGUAGCUCUCAAGACUCUUUUCCUGAUUCACCGUCUCCUCCGUGGGGGAAAUCGCUGCUUCGAACAAGAGCUACGUAGUGCCCAUGUCUCCGGUCAUCUCCAGAUGAGCUCCCAAUGGUUCCAGAGGAGUUCCGAUCCUUCCCUAUUCUUCCUACACAAGUAUGCAGCUUAUCUUGAAGAGAGAGUGGGAUGGAUCAUUAACCAAGCUGGUAAACUUGAACCUGUUAUGUCCAAAGGUCUGGAAUCCCGAUCUUUUGGAGAUAAGUCUGUCCUUGACCUGGUAUUUCGGAAGUUACCUAUAUGUCAAGCUUUUAUAGACAGGGUGCUGGAUUGUUCACCUCUUGAUAUUUUGCCUUUGGACAACCUGGCUGUAGCAGCCAUGAGUAACACGUUGAAAGAGAGCUUUCAAGUUUACAUGAAAUUUUCAGAAGGUGUUGAAACUCUUCUGAACUUGUUCUUCGACUUAACAAGGCCUGCAAGAGCUCUUGCCUGUGAGAUUCUCAAGAGAGCCUCAGAGCAAAGCCAGGGGCUCCGUGACUUCUAUGAGAACUGCAAACGAAUUAUUGAGAACAAGAACCUUGAUUAUCCUUGUGUACAGGUUAUCACGAUGGAUCAUAUUUUAGCGUUGGAGCAGUGCUCAAGCAUCGUGUUAUCGAGUUCCUUUGCUUCCAGUGAUUCCUCCUCAACUUUGGCUCGUCGUGCGGAAUCAACAGGCUUGCAAAAGGAGAGCAAAAGGGUAGAAAGUGGUGAUCUAUUCUCCCUUGCUCUUGAAACCAAAAUAAGCAAGGUAUGGGUGGUUUUUGAUGAAGAUGAAGAUGAUAAAUCACCUCCUUCUACCCAACCAAAACUAGGUAAAGCUGUGAAUAACAUAAAGAUUGGAAAUAGUGAGCCAUGGAGUUUUGGCAAUCCUUUCUUAUAAUAUUGGAAGAAGAGUUUUGUUUGUAUCAUUACUAUUAUUAUUAUUAUUAUUAUUUUGUAUUUCUCUAUGUUGUCCAAGAAACCACUAAACUAAAACAAAACCGUGGCAACACUUAGAAUAAUGCAACAAUCAUUUU